AUGACAACUGCAAAACUCUCCACCUCCAAUUCCUCAACCUCACUCACUCACUCACUUACUCACUCACUCACUCGCCUCAAGUCCAUUGGACUGUACUUACAGUUCCAUUCUAACUCCAGUCUCAAUUUAAAAUCAAAUCUCAACCUAUCCAACCUACAAACCCGAAACAAUUAUACUUCCACAAAGGAGCAGGCCGGGGAGCAACACCACCACCACCACCUAAAAAUGUCCACCCCAACACCAACACCAACAACACCAACAACAACAACAGAAACAACAGAACCCAAACCAACCGCGCCCUCCCCAUCCACCCUCCCAAUAACAACAUACCACUGCCGCUUCUGCGCAACCCUGCUAAUCGCCACAACACGCGACCUACCACGCCUCCCCACGCGACAAAAAAACGCUGCCGAUUCCGCCCGGAUCUUACCACUACGCAACCACACAUUCCCCUCCUCCACAUCCACAUCCGCAUCCAUAUCCACGUCCACGUCUGCACAGAACCCAGAAGAAGCACAAACCCAGGCCCAGAGCCAGGAACCAAAUGGGCGGCAGCAGGAACACUACUCGAUUCUCCUCUCUACAAACGCGCGAGACCGAAAGCCGACGCUGAUUCGACGGGAGGACGGGUUUGAGAAGAGGUUCUUUCUGCGAUGCGGGCGGUGUCGGGUUACGGUGGGGUACUUUUUGGAUGAGGUGCAUUUUCCGGCGGAGGGGGGAUUGAAGGCGCUUGGGAGUGGGUUGAAUGAGGCUGGGGAGAGGAUUCGGGAGGGCGAUGAAGGGGAGAGUGGAGAGGAUAGGGCUGUUUAUCUGCUUCCGGGAGGGUUGAUGGAGACGGCGAUUAUGAGUGAUGAGGAGAAGAUGAGGAGUGUAGAUCGGGAGUGGGCGGAUUGGUUUAAAUGA